AAUAGUAUGGCAGUAUAAGAAAAUAAGAGAGCUAGUGAGAUUAAAAAAAUUAAAAUAAUAAUAUGUUUAUUGUGAAACUAGAUACCGUUAUUCUAUUUAAAUCUUGAGUAUCGUCUCUAUUUCGUCGUUGUUUCUUUCUCUCCCAACUUAGCUGUGUAUGUAUAUAUAUAUUUUUUUGAAAAAGCUGUGUAUGUAUAUUUUCUCUUCCCAAUAUCAUUGUUGUAUGGUAAAGAUAAAGUUUAGUGAGUCAUCUUUCUUCUUCUCUCAAGACAGGUAAACACGAUCUCUCUCCUCUCCUUCUAUUUCUCCUCUCUUCUCUGUCUUUUCUCUCUUUUUUUUUUAAUAAACUUUCCAUCUUUCUUUUUAUUAUUUCAUUUCUGUUUGGUUGCUGAGAAAUCGGAGGAAAAUUUUCUGAAUUUUUCUUUCUCGGUGACCAGAUUCCGAUAUUUUUGACGAGCUUUAUUGAUUUAAGUUCUUGAAUUACAAUCAAGAUCCAUGGCGGAAGAGCAUCGAUGUCAAACGCCGGAAGGCCACCGUCUCUGUGCUAACAACUGCGGCUUCCUCGGCAGCUCCGCAACCAUGAAUCUCUGCUCCAACUGCUACGGCGAUCUCUGUCUUAAACAACAGCAACAAGGCUCAUCCUCUCUCUCCGCCGUAUCUCCUCCGUCGCCGGUGAUCACUUCCAUCUCUACUCCGAUGAUCCAGCCUCUCGUUCAAAACCCAUCUGCUGAAUUGGAGGUACCGGCGAAGAACGUGCCGGUGACGGUAACGGCGACGGAGCAGCCGCAGAAACGGCCGAACCGGUGUACCACGUGCAGGAAACGGGUCGGGUUGACCGGAUUCAAGUGCCGGUGCGGGACGACUUUCUGUGGGGCCCACAGGUAUCCGGAGGUCCAUGGAUGCACCUUCGAUUUCAAAUCGGCCGGUCGCGAAGAGAUCGCGAAGGCGAACCCGUUGGUCAAAACGGCGAAGCUUCAGAAGAUUUGAUGAGAGCCGUUCGAUGUGUUGACUUUUUGAUAUUCAUAUAAAACGCGUCCGUCCACACAGAUGGUGUUAUAAGAUUGAUCUCGGCCGUUCAUCACGGUUCAUUUUAUGUAAACGAUAUGUAUUUACAAAGUGACACGUUUCAUGGGGUGUUGGAUAGAGACGCGUUCCUCAUCUUCCAAAUCAAUUUUCUUUUCCCUCCGAAAGAAAUAAGAUAUUCUCGCGUUGGCUUUUUCUUAAUGAUUAAAGCUAAUAAUCUU